UUUAACCACCAGUUUAUGUUGACAUUCUCAACUGUCAACUACUGUCAAAUUAAUGAAUAAAAACAAUUGUUCUAUUGUCACAUUGUGAAUAAUUAAAAACCUGAAAAGACAGCAUAAAAAUAAAAAAGGAAAUUGAUAAGAUGGAGCAGUGAUUGUACAAUUUGAAGAGUUGUCUAAAGACGAUGAGAUCCUAACCUAUAAAUAAACAUUAACGUUUGUGUUAUUGAAAUAAAUAAAAAUGUUGGAGACACGAGGGUGGUCAUCCUCUCGAGAUGAAGAGAUUCACAAGGCAGCGGGUAACGUCCAACUGCGUAAAUACGGUGAAUUUUUCGCCGGUCUCUGCGGAAGCUGGUGGAAGCCCUCGUCAACCCUCGAGACCAUCGUCGACGGUCCAAUCCGCCUGGUCUACCGCAUCACCGAAACCGAGAGCCUUCUCUCUCUCUCCGAGAUGGAAAAUAAACAUCUAUCCAAGAUCCUGGCGACAGUCGCCGGCAUCUGCAGGGAGAUCCGUUUCCUGAAAUCUGAAUUUUCCCGUUUCUACUCAAAAAUUAUUUACAAUUCUGAUAAAAAUCACCAGGAUAAUUACAGCGGUCUCUUCGGGGAUCUCCAGGAUAUCGGUGUUUUUUGCAAUAGAAUCUCUUCAGUGAUCCACUUGUCGAUCGAGCAAUUGUCAAGUUUAACGAAGACGACGGAGGAGGUCUACCUACCCGCGAUGAUUGAACACCUCAUGGACCUCUUCAUUAUACUGUUGAGCCUCGACGAAGUUGUUAAAACUCAUCCCUCUCUCCAGGACAAUUGGCGCAAGUACAGAAUUCAGGUGAGAACAGUAAUGCACAAUCCUAAAAAAUUUGGCCUCUGCGAGAGCCAAUUGGUAAUGCUGGAUAAAUUGCUGAAGGAUUUGCACGGCCAAUUGUUGACUGGUCAUUUAUUUCACCGCGCUGUAGAAGGAGUGAUGAAUAUCAGCAAGACACCAGUGAUGAACGACCACCUGUUGAGCUACCUCAGGAACCAGCUGACAGAGAUCGAGGCGAAGGUGCUCUCGCCGCAUCAGAUCACCAGGAAUCUGGUGCGACUCAAUGUGGGUGUCAUUUUGUCGGUUAGGCUCUUCGGGGUGUGCGAUAAAAAGGUGCAAAAACGAUUGAUCGAAGUUAAUAAGAAGGUGUACGGUGUUACUCUGGUCGGGAAUGUCUUGUGGAUACCCUCGCAGUAUCUCUCGGAAAAUCUCCCCAAAGAAUUUGGCAACUCCGCUGUCAAUUGUCAAGUGGGUGAGAGAUUGCUGGCGGGAAUUAUCCAAAAACUCGGGCAGAACUACACGAGUAUUGUUGAUCGAUCAAUGACGUGGUGCAUGGAUGCACGAAAUAUACUGUCCAAAUCUGAAUUCCACAUUCAGGAUAUCAGGAAGGAGUACAGCCUGCUGAAGCAGGUGGUGGCAAUUCUCCAGCAGAUUAACGAGCUUGUCUUGACAGUGACGAAUCUCCACGCAGAAUUGUCAAAGCCAAUGAGCCGGGGAACAGUCCAGAUAAUCUGCCGAUUAAUCGAAACCCAGAAGACGCUGGAAUGGACUGUUGAUUAUCUCGGACCGAAUAUCGUCCAGGCACAGGCGCGUUCUCUCCAGUGUCUCUCUUAUGAGAUCCUGUCGAUCCUCGAGUCAGCGCGAAAGGGUCUCAUCCAGAAGGAUCAAGGCUACAGUCGAGAGCGACUCGAUGCACUAUCACUGAUGAAUAUUGCCAUGAGAUUAAUUGACAGUGCACCGUCUUCUGAGCGCAGAUUGAUCGCCCGGUGUGCCUUGACCAUUUGUCGCCAGCUGUCACCCGCUGACACCUUCAAGGACGAUGAAGCGAUAAACCUCAAACAAAAACUCGAUGACUUGGAUACAAUCGCCGAAUUCCACUGGAUCAUCUCCGAGGCAUGUGACUACUCCGUGCUACUCCAUCACCAGAGCAUGAUACCCGCGUACCUGGCGGGCGUUUCAGAGGCCGAUCAAGAUGUCUCUCACAUCGUCCAUCUGUUCAAAGCGUUCAAUUCGAUUGUUACGAGAACCGGUGGCUCCGACGUAACCGACACCAAGAUAAACAACUUCAAGGAGUCCCUCAUAAAAAAACUCCUCGAACCCACGUGCAGAGAAAUCGAGACAAGUCUUCGCCUCCACGUUCACGCACACCUCAAGCUCGACUCAUGCAAUCCCCUCAAAGUCGGUGUCAAAGACGGCGGAAGAAUUGUUCGCUCGUCCCCAUUACCCCUGUCAAAUAAUCUCGUCAGUUCAAAACGAUUCAUCGAACACUAUCUCGACGACAUGUUCUACAACCUGACGACUGUUGCCCUUCACGACUGGAAGACGUACAGAACAAUGCACGCCCUUGCCAAGUACAAAUUGGGCCUGGAGACCGUGGAGAAUCAUCUACCAACGCAAACACUUGAGCAGGGACUCGAUGCACUGGAGAUAAUGCGGAAUAUCCACGUUUUUGUCUCCAAGUAUCAUUACAAUUUAAAUACCCAGACAUUUAUUGAGCACACAAGUGCCAAUAAACACUUGAAUACCAUCGGCAUUCGUCACAUCGCCAAUUCAAUUCGCACACAUGGAACUGGCAUAAUGAGUACAACAGUAAAUUUGGUUUAUCAAUUUCUCCGUGUAAAGCUCCACACAUUUUCACAAUUCCUUUUCGACGAGCACAUAAAGUCUCGUCUCCUACGAGACAUAAGAUUCAUGAGAUCCCAGAGGGAGCGCAACGAAUUGGUGCCCUACACCUACGAGCGCGCUGAAAAAUUCCAAAAGGGAAUACGAAAACUCGGAAUGUCCGGUGAGGGAUCAUUGAGCUAUCUAGAUCAUUUUCGUCAACUGAUAACACAUAUUGGCAAUGCUCUCGGCUACGUAAGACUCAUUCGAUCUGGUGGUCUUCACGCCUCGGCCAAUGCAGUCUCAUUUCUUCCCGAAAUCAAUUCCUCUGCUCACUUCCAAAGCGCCUGCCACAGCCUCGAUUAUUCAUCAACAACAAACGCAGCGGCAAAACGAUUGGACGACGACAUUGGCAAUCUCGUUCGGAAUUUCACCGAGGGAAUUCAAUAUUUCAAAUUGCUCGUCGAUGUAUUUGCCUCGGCCUUUCGCGAUCCCAAGAGUUUUCACCUACAGCAAUUUUAUGCUAUUGUUCCACCGUUGACUUUGAGCUUCGUUGAUAACGCUGUAUCGAAUAAAGAGAAGAUAUUUAAGAAGAAUAAAGAUGGGGCUGCCUUUACUGAUGAUGGAUUUGCUAUGGGGAUUGCAUAUAUCAAUGCACUUCUCGAUCAGGACGCCGAAUUCGAUGGCCUCCAGUGGUUUGAAACCGUGAAUUCUCAUUUUAAUCGGGAGAAAAUUGCCGCCGAGGUGAGGGCCGACGGAGGAGAUGAAAAACUUCAACAGACCAAGGCGUUAACUCUCAAGAGGAUUGCCCAACGCACUGCCGAAUUUCAGUUGCUCUAUUAUUCGCUUUCGGGGGCUAGAGUAUUUUUUAAACAGCCUGAGGAAUCGUUUUGAGUUGAAAAAAUAAAGCUUCGAGAC